AUGUUACCGUCAUGUCGGAACUUGCUCUGUGGAACUAUGCGUAUGGCUGAACAAUCGUCACGAACAAUAGCCCGUAUACCCCAUUACGAAUAUCAUAUUAGGUUCAGCCCUAAGGAUGGACGGAAGCGGCCAGCACAAGAUGUCCUUGAUCGAUUCAAACGUUUGAACAAUGGAAUGUGGAUCCGUGCCCAUCCAGGUAAAAACAAGUUGCGAUAUGCCAAGGAUAAGAAAUUCAACGAGACAAGUUUAUACCUGGAGACAUGUACGAAGGAAGAAUGUGAAAUGUUGGAUAAAAUGAUGACACCAUUCUGGCUACGGCGUCAUCAUUAUCCGAAUGAUCCUUACGCCGCUUAUCACGUUCGACAUGGCAUCAAUAGUCCACGUGUGGACGACAAAGGGAAACUGGUGCGGGAAAGGGCAAAAGUUCUUCUUGAUGAUACUACAGCUGACCGUUGCUUCCAUGACAGAUGA